UUUGUAAAUUUAGUGUUACAGUGAAGCUCAUCACCUUCGCAUAUAGAUUGCGGCUCUGUUCUGUUUUAGUCGUUCUAAGUUACUGCCCGGAAUUUUAACAAUAAACUAAAAAGAUGAUUCUGUUCGUGCAUAUUGUUGCAUUCUCGGUGGCCGCCUUUGUAGGGUUCAAAUUGUUCAGACUCUUCAUCGAAGGAGGUCAAUUUAGAAAACCAACACGCUGCGAUGGCAAAGUGAUAGUAAUAACCGGAGCAAACACGGGCAUCGGUAAGGAAACCGCCAAGGAGUUGCUGAAACGCGGCGCAAAAGUCUACAUUGCCUGUCGAUCUCUGGAUAAAGCAAACCAAGCACGAACAGAGCUCAUACAGCAGACUGGUCAGAGCAACAUUCAUGUUCGAGAACUUGACCUUUCCUCGCUAGAAUCGGUGAGGAAUUUCUCAAAGAAAUUUCUAGCCGAAGAACCCCGCUUAGACAUUCUGAUCAACAACGCGGGGGUGAUGGCCUGCCCGAAAGCACUAACCAAGGACGGAUUUGAGAUGCAACUGGGUGUUAACCAUUUGGGUCACUUUCUGCUGACGAACUUGCUGCUGGAUCGUUUGAAAGCGUCCGCCCCGAGUCGGAUCGUGAAUUUGUCCAGCCUUGCGCACGAGUACGGCUCGAUCAAUAAGGUGGAUUUGAACAGCGAAAAAUCCUACAACCAAGUGACAGCCUAUUGUCAGAGUAAACUGGCAAAUGUACUGUUUACACGGGAGUUGGCCAAGCGGUUGGAGGGAACCAAAGUGACUACUUAUGCGGUCCACCCGGGAACGGUUGACACUGAACUGCCUCGACACAUGGGAUCAUUAUUUUUCCUACUCGAGCACAAACUAGUGAAACCACUCCUGCGACUGGCCUUCAAAACACCCCGGUCCGGUGCCCAAACAAGCCUCUACGUAGCUCUGGAUGGAGAUUUGGCAAACGAAAGCGGGAAAUACUACGCAGAUUGUACCGAAAAGAAACCUAGCAAGGCUGGGCGGGAUGAAGAAACGGCUCGCUGGUUGUGGAACGUAAGCGAAAAAAUGACCGGACUUUCCAGUAAAGUAUCGUGAUAGGUUCUUUGGAAGGAAUUGCUACAUUUAGUUUCCUUAAUGUUACUUCUGGUUUCAUAAAACCUUGACUAUUCAAAUAUCAUUAGGACUUUAAUUGUAUCAUAGUGUAUGGUAAUUGACAUGGAAACACGAAAAAUAAAGUGUUGACAAUUAUCAUUAAAACGUUUAAUAUCUCCGUAAAAGCAGCCAAAUAUCUUUUUUUUAUUAUUACGAUUAUAGAGGUUUUAACAUUGAGGUCAUUCGCCUCUUCCGGUUAGAAAAAUCUCUUAUGACAAAUUUCUAACCCUAUGUGCGGGGUCUGUACUCGAACCCAGGUGCGCUGCCGACAAGGUAAUCGAUUUACCAACUACGCUAUUGCCCCCCUAUGUUGCAAUUGCCGCAAGGUUCUACUGUAUCGAUUUUGUUGGCUAUUUUCGGCAAAUUUAAGACUAAGAGAAACGAAAGGAAUGAAAUCGAAAGACGGAUAGGUAUUCUAGAGCGAAUCAAAGAUAAAUUUAGAACGGAAAACUAGGACUAGGCAGGCUCAUAUGGACAUGAUCGAAAGGAAAUGUGAAGAGUCCUUUGCCUUCUGCUAAACAGGAGUUGGGCGUUGCACCCAAGUCUACCGCAUGGUCAUUGAUAGAACAUAACUCAUCAUCAUAUUUUACCGCCCACGCCGGCAUGAACAAUGUUGUCAUUUCGGCUGGUACCGUGGAUCAGUAGCUGGGAGGGAGAAACAGACUCAAUAAAUGUGAAUGUCAUAGCCAGCCAGAACGAAACUGUCACUCCGAGCCACAAAAAAGUGUUCAUCGAGGAAAUGAGAGUAUUGUUAUCAUAUGCUUGCUUGAAAAUGUUUCCGAACGAUGAAUUUCCUUGAUUUUUUGUCUAGAUUGGGUGUAGCAGUAAAUAUUAUUAAAGUUUUUUUGUGAUUUUAAUGCCAUUUUGAAAUUAGACAGAUAAAUUUUUCGGUAAUCCGUGCUGCCACAAUCAAAUAAAUUGUAUUUCUAUGUAUUCAAUGAUGAAUAAGAAUUUAGAUGCGUUCAAAAGUUUCGAGCAUCGUUUUAAGACAAUAUUGCGAUCUUGCUAUAAUGUAAAAUAAACGCUAAUUUUAUAUGA